AGCCGCUCUGGCUCGAGUCGUCCUGGCCGCAGGCACCCGGCAGCGUGGCGCCACGUGGACCCCCCCCCCCGAGCAGCCCGCGGGCACCCCUUUGCCAGACCCGGGGAAAUGGCGAGGCGGUCGGUCGCCCGGCUGGCGCUCCUGGGCGUGUCCCUCGCCGCGAUCGCCACGCAGCUCAGCGGCUGCCUGCGCACCAGCAGCGGCCACGCUCCCCACCGCGGGUCCUGCUUCCCGGCCGACGCGGUGGUGAUCGGAGCAGCGGGGCCGAAGCGCAUGGCCGACGUGCGGGUGGGGGACUCCCUGUUGGGCGUGGACGCCGCGGGCAAGAUCGGGUUCUCCGAGGUCAGGGCGUGGCUUCACCGCGAUGUGGACGGAUGCACACUCGAACAUGACCGUGGUAGAGACCAGCAUCGGGAAGGUGGUGGCGUCCGCCAAGCACAGCAUCGCCACGGGCACGGUGGGGCGCGUGGAAUACGCGUACGCAGAUGAGCUUGAGAUGGGCCACGAGCUGAUCGCCAUGAACGGCUCGGCCGUUCGCGUGGUCAGCACCGGCGUCCAGGCGGCGGCCGGCUUCUACAGCCCGCUCACGUACUCCUCGAACUUCUUCGUCGGCAGCUCCGCCGACUCCGUGGUGCUCGCCCACGGCUUUGCGCACAACCCGGCCCCGGUUUUCUCCGCUCACGUCGUCCACGCUCUGAUGAACAUUGCAGAGGUCUGGUACGGCACGUCGGUGCACGCGAUCGAGCAGGAGCAGCAGAGAAGGUACCUGCACCCAGUCUUGCGCGCCGUGCUGGCCGUAUGCCCAAUCGUCAGCAUCGACGCGGAGAGCGAGGCUUCCCUGGCGUGGCAGUGGUUCCGGGCACCGAGGGGUGCCGCUGCGGACGACGGUGUCCAGGCCCACGUCGUGUGAGGAUCGUUGGCGCGCCGAGGGGCAGCGAGCAGGGGGCAGGCCUUCUCGGAAGACGGCGGGGCUUUUCAGAAGCCCUCCGGCCUUCUGAGGAACCCUGUGUGUGGAGGAGGUUUUCAAGAGUUUGGGGGCCUCUUGAGCCUUCUGAGGGGGCCUGCGCCCUGUGCCUCCCCCCUAGGCGUGCCGCGGAGAGGAGCGCGUGCCCUGCGGGGCUGGUGCUGCUGCGGAGUGCGCUGGGCACGCACGGCUUUACCCGUCCCCGCUCGUGCUCAUCCCACUGUGUGUGUAUGACGCGCCGGUUGGUCCAGCGCCUUGCGCGUGGACGUGAGCUUCUUUCAGGGCCCCCUGCAUUCAGGAUCCUGCUGACCGCUACUUCGAACGUACUGCACCUCUGAGAACGACGAAGACCAGAGAGCACUUCGACGCACGGCUUCAGUUUUUCCGGGGCGCGCCAAUGUUCUGUUGUGUCAGUGUGCCCGCUUCCUUGGCCCUGAGUCUUCUACGUCUCUUGGGGCGCUCUCGGGGGGCUUCUGGUGGACCCUUCUAGGGGCCUCGGAGCCCGCUUGGGGGGUUGCACGGUGAGUCCGUUCGCGGUCCCACCUGGGCCACUCUCGGGGCCGUCUUGCAUGCCUUGGGCCCUCGGCGUCGGGGGCCAUCGUGCAUGGGGCGAUACUGGAGGCCGCUUCGGCCGUGUACUGGGCGUC